GCCUUCCAACUCUCCAUCGCCAUGGCCGCCGACAUCAGCCAGUGGGCCGGGCCCUUGUGCUUGCAGGAGGUGGACGAGCCGCCCCAGCACGCCCUGCGGGUCGACUACGCCGGGGUGACGGUGGACGAGCUGGGCAAAGUGCUAACGCCCACCCAGGUUAUGAACAGGCCCAGCAGCAUUUCAUGGGACGGCCUUGAUCCUGGGAAACUCUACACCCUGGUCCUCACAGACCCCGAUGCUCCCAGCAGGAAGGAUCCCAAAUUCAGGGAGUGGCACCACUUCCUGGUGGUCAACAUGAAGGGUAAUGACAUUAGCAGUGGCACUGUCCUCUCAGAUUAUGUGGGCUCCGGGCCUCCCAGUGGCACAGGUCUCCACCGCUAUGUCUGGCUGGUGUACGAGCAGGAACAGCCGCUGAGCUGCGACGAGCCCAUUCUCAGCAACAAGUCUGGAGACAAUCGCGGCAAGUUCAAGGUGGAGACCUUCCGCAAGAAGUAUAACCUGGGAGCCCCGGUGGCGGGCACGUGCUACCAAGCCGAGUGGGAUGACUAUGUGCCCAAGCUGUACGAGCAGCUGUCAGGGAAGUAGGGGUGCUGCACAGGGGCCCCCACAGCCUUGUUAAGUUGUGUAAAGCAUGCUCUUCCCCCCGCCCCCUUGCUACCCUCUCAUUGGGAGUUCUUAGCUGUGCUAGGAUAGAGGUUUAGGGUGUCUUCCCUCUUGCUGCCAGCCGUCACGAUUCUGGAUAGUCCCAUCCCAGGUUCUGUUUGAUUGAGUUUAGGUUCCGUCUGGGGAGGGGUCUAAUGUUCUGAUGGAGUCAUUCUGUUGUUGAUAUAAAAAAAGCAACUCUGAAAAAGGAAGCACUCCGCCAGGAUCAGGUCUAGAGGAGAGCUGGAGCUGGUGGUGUCUGUGAGUGGUUGAACAAGGAAACUGUCCAGAACCGGGCACAGUGGGGUCUUUAAGGGCCCUGUCCCCCAACUGAGACAACUCAAGACUCCCAUCUUAGCUGAGCCCUGACUGUCCAGAUCAGGUGGCUGCGUAGGUAUCAAGUGUCUAAAGAACAGUGCUGCUGUGGAGAGAGACCCUCUUAAGCCCCUUGCUUCUCAGUGGGGUAGGCAAAAGUCACCUGAGCUGCCGAGUGUGUUGAUCCUCCUUGUCAAGUACAAAUAAAAAGGCAUUGCAUUCAGA